GUGGAUCAAUAUCCAUGGUCCAGCCUACCUUGUUUCCACGUCUAUUAUGCUGAUCACAGCUGCUUGUCUCUUUCAUGCAUUCAAGAUUGCUGUACAAGAACUAAAGGAAUACUAUGAGAAGAUACUUCCACUAGCUCAUGAACAUAAUCUCUGUAAUUCUAAGUUUCCUUACAUUAACAGCUAUUAUGAUAAAUGGAAAAAAAGUAAUGUUGCCUUUACAUGGUUUGAGCAGUAUGAAGAUAAGCUUAUCUUCUUUGCUGAGAAGGAAGAGAAUAAGGAUACUAUAUGUAUCAAAUUUACCCAAACCUACUCUGUAGAAGCACACAAAUGGUGUUCAAACAAUGGCAUGGCAUCUGAGCUUAAUGAAUUCAAAGAAUGCUUUCCACCCUCUGAGCAAGUUAAAUCUCAGAUUAUGAAUAUAAUUACUACUCUUCAUUCUCAAGACCUGGUUCAUGGUGACAUACAUGGCAGUAACAUAUUGGUUAGUAAGGAUGAUGGAAUUAUGCUUAUUGACUUUGACUGGUCAGGCAAGGAAGGAGAGGUUAGGUACAAUACCCUAUGA